CCCUGAAGUCCUUGUGUGAAGAUUGGAGAGAACCAGGUGGCCGCGCCAGGAACCAAAGAAGUCCACAGUGCCAGCGCUAGGCCCCCUGCACAGGCUCUCGCAAGGCAGGUGCGAGGGCAGAGUCGGUGGGGCGGGCGAGCUGCUGAGAGCAUCACCGAGCAGCCCUGGGCUCUCCGUCGUCGGUCUCCUGCAGCCGCACACCCCGCGCUGCCUUCCGCCCAGCGAGGAGAGCGCUGAAGACGCUUGGAGAGGAGUUGUGCUUUUCUGCAGGGGAUUCCUGGUUGCGUGUUGGGACCCAGCAGCAACAUGCCUGAGCAGAGCAAUGAUUAUCGGGUGGCUGUGUUUGGAGCAGGUGGUGUUGGCAAGAGCUCUUUGGUCUUGAGGUUUGUGAAAGGUACCUUCCGAGAGAGCUACAUCCCAACGGUGGAAGACACCUAUCGGCAGGUCAUCAGCUGUGACAAGAGCAUAUGCACACUGCAGAUCACUGACACCACGGGCAGCCACCAGUUCCCUGCCAUGCAGCGUCUGUCUAUAUCCAAAGGGCACGCCUUCAUCCUGGUGUACUCCAUCACUAGCCGGCAGUCCCUGGAGGAGCUCAAACCCAUCUACGAACAAAUCUGCGAGAUCAAAGGGGACGUGGAGAGCAUCCCCAUCAUGCUGGUGGGGAACAAGUGCGAUGAGAACCCGAACCGGGAGGUCGAGAGCAGUGAGGCUGAGGCCCUGGCCCGGAAGUGGAAGUGCGCCUUCAUGGAAACCUCAGCCAAGCUCAAUCACAACGUGAAGGAGCUCUUCCAGGAGCUGCUCAACCUGGAGAAGCGCAGGACCGUGAGUCUGCAGAUUGACGGGAAGAAGAGCAAGCAGCAGAAAAGGAAAGAGAAACUCAAAGGCAAAUGCGUGGUUAUGUGAGCAGCCUUCCGGUGGGAGGAGCAGUCGCUGGCCCCCGUUGCCUCAUCUUCCUUCAUCCAGUAUGAACCCCGCCCUGCCCCCGUUAUCAUUCAGGGUAGCAUGUAUGAUACCCAUAUGUAAAACAUUGCAUUUUGACAGAAAUGUGCCCGAUUGUUCUUAAAGAGGACAUGCCAUCCCACCAACAAUAAGCAUUCUUUUUCCAGAAUCAUAAAAUCUGCCAGUAACAAUAAGCCCGUUUGCUCAGCAGCUCAGCAAAUGUAGAGAGAUGUUGCCUUCUGAAGGCAACAGUGUUCCCAAGAAGGUGUUAGCGCUUGUUCUCACAGCAGCAGCCUGUGCUGAGAGCAUCGGUGCCAUCUAAUUGCAUGUGAGAGCAUGAUCCCAUUGAGCAACAGGUAUGAACAGGCAUUUCUCAAAGCUCAGAAUUAAGACUUUGGGGGAGGGGACCAGGAUAAAGAUGUAAGAAGAACGUGCAAGGACCGGUCCCUUGCAUGAUGUUUUAACUGGAUUAAAGAUAGCAUUAUGUAACCUUCCCACAGGAUGCUUAUUCUUACGUCCACCUGACAUGGUAAGGUCACUACCCUGGAAGGAGGAUCGCAGUUACCUCCCCCGGGCACUGUUAGCAAGAAUCAUCUGAUCUUUCAAAUAUUUAUUUUCACAUGAGUUAUCUAAAUGUGUGCUGCUGCUCUAUCAGAAGUUACCUAAUUUGGGGGUGAAAAUAUUGUGACAUCACAGAAACAUUGCAAUAACUUUCCAGUGUGUUGUGCUUUGAGGGUUUUACAAAUGUAAGAGUUCCUUCAUUUAAUAAAUGAGGAAUAUAACUUUCAACCCUCAGAUUUUAAAUAAAGUAGUGAUUUAUAGUCUUUCUCCCUCUUCAGAAUGAUGUUCCCCUUUCAAACGACUCCAUCUGUGUACUUCCAGGUGACUGGCAACAAAUAUCAUCGAGGACCAAAAGCACAUUCAUUUCUAAGUGACUCAAACAUGCAUAAGCCACCCUUUGUACUUAUCAAAAUAGUUUGAAACAGACGUUGUUCACUGUGUUUUUUUUUAAUUAGCUAAAUUAGAAGUGUAUUCUAGUAAUAGUAAAUUAUCUUGCAUGUUUCAUUAUAAAUGUCUUCUAAGAGCUAUUCAGUGCAGUGUUCACUCUAGAAACAAUCACUUUCUCUUAGUAAUUUUGUGUGUAUCUUUAAUUCUCCAAACUAAAUUAUGGCUGGGGAUACUGGGGGCCGACAUGGGAGAGAACUGGGGCUGUUUGGGGCAGAGCCCGUCAGCUAAUUGCUUUGACAUCAUAGAGCCCAGUGUGGUUCUGCUUCUUGGGCAGCCUUGGCAGGACUUCUUCGUGGCCCUGUCUGUGUUGGUCAGUAUACUGCAUGUUGACCCACAGUGGGGUUCUACUCGUGGAAUUCCUUCCAGGCAAAAGAAACGAGAGUACAACUUGCAAGAUGACACCUUGGCUGAUGAACAGCAGUGCCAACGCUGGGCACUUCUGAAGUUUGAGAUGCUUGUCUUCAGCACAUACCCUGUUAGAUCCUGUCUGUGGGGCACUUGGUGUCUUUUUACUGCCUCUUACAGCAGGGACAGAAACAUCUCAGUCUGCCUACACAUAUUUAGGCUCUUAACACUUCCUCUUUUCCUUUAACCUUUUCUUGUCAAAUUUAUUUACCCUGCUCUCACCCUUCUUGCUCUAUUGAUAACUUGUUUUUGUAUUGCAAUUAGUGUGUGGAAGGUGCCUUUGAGAAUAAUUUGGCUCUGUGGACUUAGCAUUUUCCUGGUCCGCUGACCUAUGAGAACAAAACUUCACUGGCUUCUCCCACGGCAGGGAAAGUCCAUGCAGAAGAGGCAAAGAAGUGUCCCAGAGCCUGUGGUGGGGGAGACGGGGUAGGGCUUUCUGGGGGGAUGGGGUUGAGGCCCUCUUUAAAUCCAAAUGGGUGCAUCCUCCAAUAAUCGUGUUCCGUUCCAAAGAGGUGACUCCAACCUUCAUGGUGAGAUGUUUGCAGAUUUUCAGUAGCCUUUGUUUUCAACCCACCCGUACAUUUUCCCCUUGUAUCCUCAGCCGGAUGUCCCACAUUUGUAAUUUGGAGAUGAGGUAAAGGACAGAAGAAGCAGAAUUUCCUGGAUGCAGUGGAGUUUACAGAGUUUGGUUUGGUUCUUUGCCAAUAGUAAACUGUGAUCUCUACCACUGAACCUAAGGAUAGUUAAUUUUCUGAUGUAAUUGUCCUCGCAAACAGGCCUCUUUCUAUUAGUUGCAAACUAGAAUUGCUUUUAGCUCUUUCAAGCCAGUAUCUACAUCUGUGUUUCACGCUUCAUCUGAACCCCUGGGUGGUACAAACGGCCAAGAGUGUGGAGUGGCAUUCUACUCGGAGGCAUACGAGGUCACCAUGAGUUGGCGGCAACUCAACCGCAACUGUACUGAGAGAUGCAUCAGUAGAAGAAGCUUGCAAUGAUUGAAAAUAAAAAUUUUCUUCUUCAUACUUUUUCCAUGAAUUUUUUAGGAAACCUAUUGAAACCCCAAUUCCUGACCUUCGUAUGAGAUCAUUUUCCAUGACCUGAACGGAAAAUCCUGAUGGUUAUUUCAAAAGAAGUUUUAGAAGUACCCCAAUGGACUUGUGGCUUGAGGAAUGGGUAUUGCUCAAUCAGGAGUUUUCAACGUUUGUUUGGCUCAUCUCCAGAUGCAGUUUUGGUAAUCUUGAGGGUACGUCCUACAUGGUGUCUCGGCGCAGACCUUUAGCCAUACAUAGUAAGUUAUAGAAUUCAGCAUAUUUCUUUGAAGACGACAAUGUGGGAAUAAACAUGGCCAGAGUGCCCUUCUGUCCCUCUUGAUCCCUCCUUUAUCACAUGACAAGCCAUGAGUGUGCCCUGGGCAUGCAUGCAAUACAGCAAGACCAACCCAAGAGCAAUACUGAAUUGUUCAUUAUGAGCUAACAUUAUAUAUGUAUGUUAUAUAUAUAUAUAUGAUUUAUCUUCUUGCAUUUUUGAAGUAUUAAGUAGUACAUUGUAUAUAUCUGUAUGCAGAUAUAUUUGUUUCACUGUUUGUAAUAUUUAAGAAAUGUGCAUUAUUUGUAAAACAAAAUGUAUUCUGUAUUAAAAAUUCCUCUGUGAUACUUAAUAUUUUUUAAAAAUUUGAAUGUGUUGUUCUUAUAUAAGCUCCUUGAAAAUAUCUAGAACAAAGGGAACAUAGGUAAACCUUUUAAAAUAUGUCCUGGAGUUUGGUACAUCACAAAGAUAGUCUGUGGGCAAAGUAUUUACAGAGCAUGAUUUUUAUACUUGUGGGAUAUUAAUGUGUAUAUUUAUAUUUAAAAUGUAUUUAUUGUUACAAUUUCUUUAUUGAUUCUAUUUUAUUUACUUUGAAGUUAUAAAAAUAACCCUUGCAUACCUUUCUAGUUGGAAGUCAUGUUCUGAAUAUGAUGAAUGAUAUUAAAAUAAACCUUCCAUUAUGACAAA